GGGGGAGGUGCACGUUUUAAUUUAACGUCAACAGUGUGCGCGGCGGCCCCUUUCCGCUCAGUCCCGUGGGAGGCAUGCGCAGUGGGAAGCGGCGUAUGUGUGUGAGCUCGAUGGGUUUGAAAUGGCUCCAGUGAGGCCCCGCCUGGCCCGGCUCAGACCACUGAUAUAGAAGAUAAGACACCCAGAGGAUUUUGCCUUUCAUCAUGGCUCAAUUUGGAGGACAGAAGAAUCCCCCAUGGGCUACUCAGUUUACAGCCACUGCGGUAUCUCAACCAGCUGCUCUUGGUGUUCAGCAGCCAUCGUUGCUUGGAGCCUCUCCUACAAUUUAUACCCAGCAAACAGCAUUGGCAGCAGCAGGCCUCACAACACAAACGCCAACAAACUAUCAGUUAACUCAGACAGCUGCUUUGCAGCAACAGGCUGCAGCUGCAGCUGCUGCAUUACAACAGCAAUAUUCACAACCUCAGCAGACACUGUAUAGUGUACAACAACAGUUGCAGCAACCUCAGCAGACCCUGUUAACCCAGCCCACUGUUGCACUGCCUACCAGCCUUAGCUUAUCUACUCCUCAGCCAGCAGCACAGAUAACUGUUUCUUAUCCAACACCACGGUCCAGUCAGCAACAAACCCAACCACAGAAGCAGCGUGUCUUCACAGGGGUAGUUACAAAACUACAUGACACUUUUGGCUUUGUGGAUGAAGAUGUCUUUUUUCAGCUCAGUGCUGUUAAAGGGAAGACACCUCAAGUAGGAGAUAGAGUUUUGGUAGAAGCUACUUAUAAUCCCAAUAUGCCUUUCAAAUGGAAUGCACAAAGGAUUCAAACACUUCCAAACCAGAACCAGACUCAAACCCAACCUUUGCUCAAGACACCUCCAGCUGUACUUCAGCCCAUUGCACAGCAGACUGCAUUCAGCGUUCAGGCACAGCCACAGCCGCAAUCACUGUUGCAGGCACAAAUAUCAGCAGCCUCUAUUACACCCUUGCUUCAGACACAGCCUCAGCCUUUAUUACAACAGCCUCAACAAAAAGCUGGUUUAUUGCAGCCCCCUGUCCGUAUAGUUUCACAGCCUCAACCAGCACGAAGACUAGACCCUCCAUCCAGAUUUUCAGGGAGGAAUGACAGAGGCGAUCCUAUACCUAACAGAAAAGAUGACAGAAGUCGGGAAAGAGAACGAGAGAGACGUAGGUCACGGGAGAGGUCACCCCAGAGAAAACGCUCCAGAGAGAGAUCACCUCGGCGAGAGAGGGAAAGGUCACCUCGAAGACCACGGCGUGUUGUCCCUCGUUACACAGUUCAAUUUUCCAAAUUUUCAUUAGAUUGCCCUAAUUGUGAUAUGAUGGAAUUGAGACGGCGUUAUCAAAACUUGUACAUCCCUAGUGAUUUUUUUGAUGCUCAGUUUACAUGGGUGGAUGCUUUCCCUAUGUCAAGACCAUUUCAACUGGGGAACUACUGCAAUUUCUAUGUAAUGCACAGAGAAGUAGAUCCUUUAGAUAAAAACACUGCUAUUCUUGAUCCACCAGAUGCUGAUCACCUAUACAGUGCAAAGGUGAUGCUGAUGGCUAGUCCUAGUAUGGAAGAUCUUUAUCAUAAAUCAUGUGCCCUUGCUGAGGAUCCACAAGAACUUCGUGAUGGAUUUCAACAUCCUGCUAGAUUUAUCCAGUUUUUAGUGGGUAUGAAAGGCAAAGAUGAAGCUAUGGCUAUUGGAGGACACUGGUCCCCAUCACUGGAUGGACCUGAUCCAGAAAAGGACCCCUCUGUGCUGAUUAAGACUGCUAUCCGUUGUUGCAAGGCUCUAACAGGCAUUGACUUAAGUGUGUGCACACAAUGGUACCGUUUUGCAGAGAUUCGCUACCAUCGCCCUGAGGAGACCCACAAGGGGCGUACAGUUCCAGCUCAUGUGGAGACAGUGGUUUUAUUUUUCCCGGAUGUUUGGCAUUGCCUUCCCACCCGCUCAGAGUGGGAAACCCUCUCCCGAGGAUACAAGCAGCAGCUGGUCGAGAAGCUUCAGGGUGAACGCAAGGAGGCUGAUGGAGAACAGGAUGAAGAGGAAAAGGAUGAUGGGGAAGCUAAAGAGAUCUCCACUCCUACCCAUUGGUCUAAACUGGAUCCAAAAACCAUGAAGGUAAAUGAUCUUCGCAAAGAAUUAGAAAGUCGAACUCUUAGCUCCAAAGGAUUGAAAUCCCAACUAAUAGCCCGACUGACAAAGCAACUGAAAGUAGAAGAACAAAAAGAAGAACAGAAGGAGUUAGAGAAAUCUGAAAAAGAGGACGAGGAGGAGGAGGAUAGGAAAUCUGAAGAUGACAAAGAGCUCAAGAAAAGAUUGUGUAGCAUUGAGGAAUCUUCCCUACCCCAAGACUCAAUGUUAGCUCUCAAGAAAGCAGUGAGGCACCAUAAGUCCAGUGAAUUCUUUGGUGUUGGAGACCUUUAUGUUGAAGAAGAAAGGAAACGUCAGGAAGAAAUGGAGCGUCAACGACGAGAGAGACGGUAUAUCUUGCCUGACGAGCCAGCAAUCAUUGUACAUCCUAACUGGGCAGCAAAAAGUGGAAAGUUUGAUUGUAGUAUUAUGUCUCUUAGUGUUCUUCUGGAUUACAGGUUGGAGGAUAACAAAGAGCAUUCUUUUGAGGUUUCAUUGUUUGCAGAACUAUUCAAUGAAAUGCUUCAAAGGGAUUUUGGUGUCAAAAUCUACAAAGCACUGAUAUCCCUUCCAGAGAGAGAGGACAAAAAAGAAAAAAAGAGCAAAAAAGAGGAGAGAAAAGAUAAAAAAGAAGAAAAAGAUGAUGAUAAUGAUGAUCCAAAACCUAAGAGGAGAAAAUCUGGAGAUGAUAAAGAUAAGAAGGAAGAUAAAGAAGAGAGAAAGAGAGAAGACAGAAGGAAAGAUGAUACUAAAGAUGAAGAUGAAAUUGAAGAUGACAAUAAUCAGGAAGAGUAUGAUCCAAUGGAAGCAGAAGAUGCUGAAGAUGAGGAUGAUGACCGAGAUGAGGAGGAAAUGAACAAGCGAGAUGAUAGAAGAGAGGGAAACAGACAUUGCAAAGAGAGAUCAUCUAAAGAUAAAGAGAAAGAUAAGACACAGAUGAUUACAGUUAACAGGGAUCUUCUGAUGGCUUUUGUUUAUUUUGAUCAAAGUCAUUGUGGAUACCUUCUUGAAAAGGAUAUGGAGGAGAUACUGUAUACACUUGGACUACAUCUUUCACGUGCUCAGGUUAAGAAACUACUUAAUAAGGUAGUACUUCGAGAAUCUUGCUUUUACAGAAGAUUAACUGAUACCUCAAAAGAUGAAGAAAAUCAGGAAGAGUCAGAAGCCCUGCAGGAAGAUAUGCUAGGAAACAGAUUACUGCUACCAUCUCCUACUAUAAAACAGGAAUCUAAGGGCACAGAAGAAAAUGUUGGCCUAAUUGUGUACAAUGGAGCUAUGGUGGAUGUAGGGAGCCUCUUGCAGAAGCUAGAGAAGAGUGAAAGAGUGCGGGCUGAAAUAGAACAAAAACUUCAGCUUUUAGAAGAGAAAACAGAUGAAGAUGAAAAGUCCAUAUUACAGUUGGAGAAUUCUAACAAAAGCUUGUCUGGAGAGCUUAAAGAAGUAAAAAAGGAUCUCAGCCAACUACAAGAAAAUUUGAAGACCUCAGAAGAUACCAAUUUGCAAUUUGAGGGCCAGCUGAAUAAGACAAUCAAACAUUUAGCCACGGUUAUGGAUGAAAUACACAGCGUUCUUAAAAAGGAUAUUGUAAAGAAUGAAGAUAAAGAUCAAAAAUCCAAAGAAAAUGGAGCAAGUGUAUAAUAAAACUGCUGCUGUUUAGAAGAAAGGUGUUACAUAAUGUAAUAUAAAUCAUGAUAUCAGGGCGUAUGGAAGUGAUGCAUGUUUGAUUUUUUUUUUAGUAGUAUAAAUAUCUUAGUUCUAAAAAGAUGUAUAAAGUUUUAUGAAUGUGAG